AUGCGGGCGACGCACGCGGCGGUGCGGGACGGCGCGGCGGACGCGCUGCUGCUGAGCGAACACGCGCCGACGGUGACGGUGGGGAAGCGCGCGGCGCUGGGAGAGACGCACGUGAAGAGCUCGAGGGCGGCGCUCGCGCGGGCGGGGAUCGCGGUGCGACGGACGGACCGGGGGGGGGACGCGACGUACCACGGGCCGGGGCAGUUGGUGGCGUACCCGGUGGUGUCGCUGCGGCGCGCGAGGGUCGGCGCGAGGGCGUACGUCGAGGGAUUGGAGGCGUGCGUCGAAGAGGCGCUGAGAGGGAUCGGCGUCGACGCCAGGGGGGGGCGUAAGGGCCGAGAGGGGGUGUGGGUGAAAGAUGGGAAGAUCGCGGCGGUGGGGGUGAAAAUAUCGGCGGGGACGAGCUCGCACGGCGUGGCGAUCAACGUCGAUCCGGAUUUGACGCACUUCGAGCACAUCGUGCCGUGCGGACUCGAGGGGUACGAAGUCACGAGCGUGGUGAAGGAGUUGGGGCGGGCGGUGGCGAUGAGAGACGUGGAGACGAGAGUCGUGGACGCGUUCGCGAGACGGUUUGGGUACGCCGAAGUGUUUUGGUCGGAAGAAGACGAAUGA